GGCUCCCCACCUGAGCGUGUGGCUCUGUAGGAGAGCAGGCACCGUGGCCCUGGCUACCAGCAGCAUGCUUCGGCAAGGUGUGGUGCUGUACCUGUGUGCAUUCGCUGUCUGGUGUGUUGUGAGGGUGUGCUGGUGAGAGGAGGUUGCAAAAGAAAGCUGCCUUUGUGAGGUCGGGUUAUCCUGCUGCUCCUGAUCCAAGCAAAGGCAUCACCUUGGCUGUUUUUCCUCAAGAACUGUUGACACUCAGCAACUGCUCCGGACGGAUGUCCCCGGUGUGAGGCCCCAGCUCCCGUACCAUGUACCAGUCCGCCUUCGUGCCGCGGGAGUUCUGCCCGGCCGUCGUCCCGCCGCCCGCCUACACCUACCUGCCCCUACGGGCGGGGAGAGCAGAAGAGGCCGCCAGCUCCGUGAUGUUCCCCCCCAUCCACAUGCACAACUUCUACAGCCGCCCCAUCACCUUCGUGGUGGACAGGAACGGCUACCCUGACUAUGCGGGAGGCCAGGUGGAGUAUCAUCACCUCUACGGUGCCUCCCACCCCUACUUCCCCCCGUACUACGCCUGGCACUUCCCCCCUGUGCUCCCCAUCCCUCUGUACAACCCCUAUCCAAGCUACAGUCCCUAUGCCGCCUACCAGAGGGCGGAUCAGUAUCGAGACACGUGGCCGGAAGGCUUCACGAUGAGAGGGGAGCUUCAGUGGGGGAAGCUUGGGAAGGUGUUUGGGCCGAGGAAAGAGCUCCCAGAAUUUGUGAAGGAUGAUCUGCGGAGGGUUUAUGGCACCUACCCACGGACCAGCGUCUCCAUAACCUACCGGAAAGGGGAGUUCUUGGUCAAGGGAGACCCCAAGGUAGGAGAGCAGGAAUAUACGGUGGAAAACAAGGUCAUCCAGAGGGCCCUGACCCCCAGCGCCAGCGAGGCAGACGACAGCAGCGAGGACCGGAAUCGGAAGAAGAAAAAGAAACCGCGACACUGAUGCGGCCUGUCACCCCAGGGACAGAUGCUCCGGAGCCCCCGUGGGAGCCAGCUGGCAGCAGCUCUCGGUGCAGCCGGGAAGUAGCGCAAGCAACGGGUGCCCCCACUGGCUCCUAACUGCUCCCCCUCCUCCACGAGCUUGCGGCAGCUUCACCCCGUCUGAUGCACGACGCCCGUCCUGUGAAGAAACCACCUGGCACUUGACUCUCUGUCGGGCCGGCUCUUCGGUCCCGGUUUUGUAACGAACAUUUGCUUCCCACUGGUUUGGUUGAGUGGUCACGGUCUGGUGAGGGGAUCCCCAGGCAGCAGCCCUUGCCCAGAAGCUGGGCCUCUUCCCACCCUGUCCGAGGGAGGUUCCUGGAAGCCGGGUCCCUUCCUGGCACUCAUCUGAGGAGAUGGAAUCUGGAUUUCCUCCAAGUCGGAGGCAGCGCAGGUCCAGAGGGGAGAGCAGUUCUUAGGCACUGUAAAGAGCAAUUGUCUGCACAUCUCGUCACUGGUUUAUGGCCACACCGCUGUGCUUACUCACGGUGUGACGCCUCCGCGCGGCACUUCCCUACACGCUGGCAGAAGAUCUCGGUGUCCCCAUCCCCUUACACUUGGUGACCUGGUGCUCGUUUCUCCUGGCCGUGUGUCCUCGCUGAAACUGCUGCUGGAGGCCCUGCUCCGGCUCUGGCUCGGCUCUGCUCGGAGGUGCUGGCUCGCUGCUGAGGCUCCUGGAGCUGCAGCACCUCCACGGAUGGGUCUCCUGGGAGGGGGCCUGAGCUGUGCUGGAAACCCCGAGGGGUGUGAGGGGCUGGGGCUGAGUCUGACUUGCUUGUGAACUUCUGUACCUUUUAAAUGAUUAUAAAUAAACAAUAAAAAACCAAAUGCAAAUAGUUAAAUUCCUGCUUUUUAGCUGCCUGACUGCAGUCUGCUGCAAACAGCUCGCUACCUGUUCUGGCACCUUUCUGUGAAGUCAGGAGCUCGACCCAUGCAGCUCAUCCCUUCAGCUGUCUCCUAAUUUUCCUGGCUCGUAACUGAGCCCCCAGUCCCCAGUGGGAUGCCAUGGAGACGUAGUCCCCGACUCACACGUCCUCACAAUUUAGUUGCUGUGUUCGAUGUGCUUCUCAGGCUGCUUUGAGAUUCUGCUUUUGCUCACCAUCAGCACGGCAAAGGAGGGAGCCUGGGAGGGACGCACUUGGGGGCCCUCAGUGGCUCUGAAUUACUGCAAAGGAAAAGCAAGUGGAUGCAUUACCUAAACAAAUGCAACAGCUCUGCUUGCUUAAGCAAUUGCCAGAACAGCUCAGCAACGAUCUGGAUUUCCCCUUCCCCAAUUGGUUUCUUCGAAACGGGUGAGCUCUGCUGCUAGAGAAAGCAGUGAGAGGCCUGAACCAG